AUGUCACUUCAAAGGCUACGAUAUCGACCCCGACGUCCUUUUUGGCAGCUUCCUCAACAUCGAUUGCCAGUUUUAUCCCUUUACAAAACGCUGCUCAGAUUAUCCAAAACAUUCACCAGUGAUAUUCACAGAAAAUAUUUAUAUUUUACUAUUCGUGAAAAAUUUAGAUCUAGGCGUUAUGAAACUUCGGUGAUUUCAACUAUCGAACAUUUGAAAGAGGCACAAGAAUGUCGGCUCACUUUACAAAAAGCAUUGCGAGGUGAUAAAGAAUCCUUUCAACAUAUUGAUGACUUGGCUUGGGGUAGGAAAGGAAGGCUCAAAGAAGUAUUGGAAAUAAUUAAAAAGAAAAAAUGGAAUAAACGGUCAAAAAUUCAUAAACUAGUUUAUGAUACUCGAACUGCUCAAUCACGUAUGAUUGAUCCGCAUUAUGCGUACAGAAUUCCUCUAGAUCCACGUUUAUAUAAGCCACGAAGGUUAGGAUAUAAGCUUCAGAGAAUAAGAGGAUGGCGUCAACCAGCCUGGAUUUCUAUGAUGAUGAACAAACGCAUAAGACAACAUCAAAAACGAAUUGACAGAUAUAGAGAGUUGGAAUCUUAUCUCGAGAUGGUUAAGGGAGAGGAACUGAUGUUGAAUACUCUGAAUUCUAAUUCGGCCAAAGAAAUAGAAGGAUUUGAUAAACUUAUUCUGCAAGAAAUGAACGAUAGCAAAAAAUUACAUGAGAAAAUUAUGAAAAAAGACAAAUUGGAUGACAACUUGUGA